CGUGGGCGCUACACCAAAAAGUAAAAAAAAAAGAACAACAUAAAUCGCACAGAGAUUUCACAUCCAAAACUCACUGAGAAGAAAACAAAACAAAAAACCGCUGAAAUUAAUUCUCGAUUUUGAUCAAUCAUGGAUUCCGUCUUUGCAAAUAUUGCUCAAGGUCCUGAAGAUCCUAUCUUAGGGGUGACUGUUGCUUACAACAAGGAUACUAGCCCUAACAAGUUGAAUUUGGGUGUUGGUGCUUAUAGAACUGAGGAGGGGAAACCUCUUGUUUUGAAUGUAGUGAGGAAAGCUGAACAAUUGCUUGUGAAUGAUCAGUCUCGGGUCAAAGAAUAUCUACCAAUCACUGGAUUAGCUGAUUUUAACAAGUGUAGUGCUAAGCUCAUUUUUGGUGCUGAUAGCCCAGCUAUUCAAGAAAACAGGGUGACCACUGUCCAGUGCUUAUCUGGUACUGGUUCAUUGAGGGUUGGAGCUGAAUUCCUGGCAAAACAUUACCAUCAACGUACAAUAUAUAUUCCUCGUCCAACAUGGGGAAACCAUCCAAAAGUGUUCUCUAUAGCAGGGUUAGCCGUGGAGUAUUAUCGCUAUUACGAGCCCAACACACGCGGACUAGAUUUUCAAGGCCUGCUAGAAGACCUGAAAUCUGCCCCAGCAGGUGCAAUAGUGCUUCUUCAUGCAUGUGCUCAUAAUCCAACUGGUGUAGAUCCAACCCUUGAGCAGUGGGAGCAAAUCAGGCAAUUAAUGAGAUCGCAAGGGUUGCUUCCUUUCUUUGACAGUGCUUAUCAGGGUUUUGCAAGUGGAAGUUUGGACGCAGAUGCACAACCCAUUCGCAUGUUUGUAGCAGAUGGUGGUGAAUGUUUUGCUGCUCAGAGUUAUGCAAAGAACAUGGGAUUGUAUGGGGAGCGUGUUGGGGCUCUUAGCAUUGUAUGCAAAUCAGCUGAUGUGGCUAGCAGAGUAGAGAGCCAACUCAAACUUGUGAUCAGACCCAUGUAUUCGAACCCUCCUAUUCAUGGUCCUUCAAUCGUGGCUACCAUUCUUAAAGACAGGGAUAUGUACAACGAAUGGACUGUGGAGUUGAAAGCGAUGGCUGAUCGAAUUAUUACUAUGAGACAGCAACUUUUUGAUGCUUUAACCGCCAAAGGAACAGCUGGCGAUUGGAGUCACAUUAUUAAACAGAUAGGAAUGUUUACUUUCACUGGAUUGAACACAGAACAAGUUGCAUUCAUGACCAAAGAGUACCAUGUUUACAUGACUUCAGAUGGGAGAAUCAGCAUGGCAGGUCUAAGCUCUAAAACAGUUCCUCACCUUGCAGAUGCUAUCCAUGCAGCUGUGACCAAAGCCAACUAAACCUGAUAAUACUACUUUCCAUUCACUUUCCGACCGGUGCAUGAAUCUACAUUUUACUAUCAAUUUUCCAGCAAUAAAUUGUUAUCUCAUGACGUUAGAUAAUACUCCCUCUGUUUCUAAAAAAAAAAGAUAUUUUCAGUUUUCAUUUUAGCCUAAAAAUAGGCCAAAUUGAAAAAGUGAAAGUUUCUCUUUUUUAGAAACGGAGGGACUACUAGAAUGCAGUUGAGAUUUUCUCAUAUCUCGAGAUAAACUGAAAGGUUACUUUUGGUUGAUCAUAAACUGAAAGAUUUUAAUCUCAGUGUAUCCGGAAGUUGAAAUCUUUGUUAUAUUUUUGAGUCCAAUUCUUAAAAAAAAGAUCCAAGUAUAUUCAGGAUAGUGAUCCCAAAUUGGGAAAUUGAGAAAGUAUAUUCAAAAUUUCAACUCUCAA